AAAUAUGGUAAUUAGUCCAAUUCGGCAAAAUAAACCAGCAAGAACAUGGCUAAAGCAAGCAAGAAGCGAAAUUUCACUGAAAAUGAAUUAGAGGUGCUAUUAUCAGAGGUAGAAACCAGAAAAAAUGUUUUAUUUGGAUCUUUGUCCUCUGGCAUAAAUAACAAAAGAAAGAAAAAAGAGUGGGGCAGUGUGUCUGAUGCCGUCAACGCGGUGGGAUCUGAGAGUCGCACCGUUAAUGAAUUGAAAAAGAAAUGGUCUGACAUAAAGGUGGAAGUUAAACGGAGAACUGCUGCGCACCGACAAAGUGUGGGCAGAACAGGCGGUGGUACAGGGGCCGAUGAACUUACACCCUUUGAUCAAAGGGUUGCCUCUAUUGUAGGAGACACGUUAAUCUCCGGAAUCGUAUCCGCUGAUGUGGGAGACUCCGAUACUUUACAGGACUGCCAGGAAGGAACCACAGGAACAACAGCAGGAACAUCCACUGGCACGCACUCAGAGUCCGCACCACCCGAGCAGCCAGAGCCCAUUCAGCCCAGCGUCUCCGGUGUCUCUAAUGCUCCCCCCAGUGCUGAAGCCCGUCCAUCUGGCCGUGUCUUGACGAAUGCUGUUCUGGAGUCACAACAGCAAAUUGUUAGGGCCAUUGGGGAAAUUAACAGUCACCUGAAAAAUGUCAGUGACACACUCACAGAAAUAAGCAAUUCAUUAAAGGAAUUGGUCAAAAAAUAA